UAUAAAAGUUUACGCACUGAUCGUUAAUUACUCAGUUACUAAUGGAAUUUUUGUAAAACGUUUUUAGAAGAUGAUACGAAAAUUUGUGUAUUUUAUUUUUGUUGCGACUGCUGCGUCAAGGGCUCUUGAUGAACAGAACAUCGAAUUAUUGCCGGGAUUUCCAACACUGGCUCCAUGGAAUCUUACAACUCCAGAAAAUGGAACAUCUGAACUAAUUAAUUCCAUUAACGAGCCGUUUACUGAAAAAUCAGAUGAGUACUACUUCUACAAUUAUAUUAAUGUACCAGAUCCAAUAACUAACACAACAGAAUCAUUAAUUAGCAUUAAUCAGUCGAUUGACGGAAUAAUUAAUCGAUUAACGGCUCUAAAUCGGUUUAAUGGAACAACAAUUGAGACUUACAAACUGAUUAACUCGACUAAUGAAAUAGAAUUUGCAAAAUAUGAGAAUGAAAUAUGGUUACAGACGCUUAGUGAAUUGGAGAGGAUUACUAAAGGACUUAAUAAGUACAACGUUCCUUUAAUUAGAAUUAAACGCGACCCUGACGUUAAUGAAACAGUUCUCGGAACAAACAAUGAAACGGUUCCAGGAACAGUGAAUGUAACAGUUCUAGGAACAGUGAAUGGGAUGGUAUCAGGAAAAAUUAACGCAAACUUUUUUGGAUCAAAUAAUGAAACGCUUCUUGGAACACUUAACGAAACAGUUCUAACAGCAGCUGAUGGAACUGUUCUUGGAACAUUCAAUGGAGUGGUUAUUGGAACAAUAAAUAGAACGGCUUCGGAAAGCAUUGAUCGAAUGGUUCUGAGAACAAUAGAUGGAACGGUUCUUGGAACAGAUAACAGAAUAGUUCUUGGAACAGUUAUUGAUCAUGACAAAGGACCGAUUCUGCGGAAGCCUAAACGACCUGUUAGCUGGGUUUCGGAAACUGAGAACGACGGAACAGGUGAGGAAGUAGUUGACGAGAAUAUUAAUUUAAUCCGAGAGUCAGUUUUUAGGCGCCUAAGGCUUACUUUGAGGAAAAAGAGGUUCAAUAAUAUCACCGAUCUGUUCAACGAAUUUUUGCGACAACAAACUGAUGGCGAGGAAGAAGAAGAGGAUGAAGAUGAAGAUACAAAAGAGGAAGAAGAUGAUUAUGACGAGGUUUAUACUUAUUCGUUUGAUUAAUUGUGCCGGGUUUUAAUGGAUGUA